AUGCAUUUAGGCAUCGUGAGUCCACGUCAAAAACUUAAACAAUUAAAUUUUUUACUUUGGGAUUUAAUUUUUUUCCUGAUUAAUCAGAAAAAUUUAUUGGUUACCUUAUUUAAGGUUCCUGGUCAUAGUAACAAUCUUUACAACGAUGAAGCAGAUACUUUAGCUAAAGCUGGUGCUCAUAUAAGAGAACCGAUCAUAAUUAACCACAAAUUUUUUGCCCACCAAAGUUUAGGCUUUGCUUCUUGGAAUCGCUUACACGUUAUUGAUCGUAACGUUAGAAAGUGGGCUGAUAACGUAAUACAACCAUUAAUUUUUAAUUCGAUGAUUAACAACAAAGCUCUCAUCCCUAUUAAAAAACAAAUUUUGGAUGGAGAGAUAGAUUGGACUUUUACUAGAGAAUGGUUGAAUUAUAAUAAUUCUGAUGCUCCUUCCGCUUAUGAUUUAUACGAUAUUAUUAUUGAAAAUAGUACUGGUACAUCUUUUGCUUUGAGAGAGACUAUUGAAAGUUCACCUUUAUUUAACAUUACUUUUCCGGGUGCAUUAUCACAAACACAUCCUGGUUAUUUACUUAUUCACCAUUUGGUCCCGAGUGAUCUCACUAUAAUAUUUUAUAAUUAUAUCAAAGACAAAAAAUUACGAUUCUCUAUUUUUAUUAAAUUUUUCACAAUUUUAAUGCAGAAAAUUGAUACUCAUAUUUGGGCUAAACGUUCUUCCCUUAUAAAAUGUUGGGAGCCAGAUGAUACAAUAAAUAAUGAUGUACCACGACGAAGUUAUACGCAUCGUCGCAUCACUGCGACUCCUUAUUUCAGGGAAGGUGGAUUUUAUGAUAAUCACGCCCAUAUUCGUUGGACGUCAAGUAAUUUUUUACAUUCAGCACAUUGGACCGAAAUGUUUUAG